AAAUGACUGAUUAUGAUGUUUCCCACAGCAAAUGUUUCGUGGCCACAGCAUUGGAUGAGAAAAAGUUUUUAAGUGAGACUGAAUUAUGUGUUCUGCAAGGCAAUCAUUAACAUACGUUGCUUAUCUUGUGUUGCUGCUCUGCACUGCUGUUUGCAUCUGCCCUCAUCUCAGCCAAAGUGCAGCUAACUCAUCCAGUCCUGAUUCCACUCAAUUGCACAUCAUGCUCUUUGACACAACUGACAAAAACUGCUAUUCAGACGUGAUAAACACAGCAGUACAAGACUCCAUUAACAAGGUGCAGGAGAAGGCAUUGAAUAUCACAAUACGAUAUUGUGGAAAUUGUACAUCUACUGAUGCUCAAAAUGUUUUAUUUGGUGGACUUUUCAAGACACCGAAUGAGGUGGCGAUAAUUGGACCAGCUUGCUACAGUGUCCCUAAUGCUGUGGCUCAAAUCUCUCGGCUUUAUCAAAUACCACUGAUUUCAUUGGCUCCAUCUUAUCAUGAUGGAAAUGAAUUCUUAUUUACCAUUUACCCUACACUUACAAAACAAAUGGAUGGAGUAAUUGCGUUUAUUGAUGCUUUUCCCGAGUGGCAUAGAGUGGCAAUAAUCUCACAAGAUGAAGAAAUGUUUAGAAAGGUGGCUGUUUAUGUGGAAGAAAGAUUCAGUUUCAAAAACAUAUCAGUUGUAAGUAGCAAAGUUAUUUCAAGAGCAACACUCCACGACAUAGUCAUAAAUAAACUUGUGGAAAAUUCCUUCAGAAUAGUUAUACUGAACAUGGAGUCUAAGUUGAUUCGACGUUUUCUUUGCAAGGCCUCCCUUGUCAUCCAAUAUCAGUAUGUAUGGAUAACACUAGGUUCCUACGAAUACUGGUGGUUAGGAUCUGAAGAGUGUGAUGAUCAGGAGCUACAGAUGUUCUUAAAUAAUCAAAGUGUCAUGCUAAUCAAUACUACUCUGACAAGCCAUACAGAUUGCAAUCUUGUGUUUUUACAGAAAAGUCAGAGCAACGAUACUAAUGUGUGCUUAUUGAGAUCUCUAGCCCAGGACUCAGUGAUGGCUAUUAUAAACGGACUUAAUGAAACCAAUACAUCGCUUGUGUUGAGCCACUUUCAACUACCUCCUGGGCAUGUUAGAGAAGUUGGACCUACAAUAGCAGCAAACAUAAACGAAAUCAACUUUAGGGGAUUUUCCGGAGAUGUGUCCUUCACUGCUCAGCAGAGAUCAGUGAAAGAAUAUUUCUUGUUCCAGUUCAAAAAUGAAUCUGGCAAUUCUACUGGACAGUUUGUGAAGUUGGGGCUGAUAAAUUGUUCUGGUUUGAGCUUACUCAAUGGAAAAAGCAGAGAACAUAUUAUUUGGGGUGACACCAUUCCUUCCGAUGGCUCAACUAUCAUAGAACUGAGAUAUACAGAGCUAGCAGUUACUGUAGUAACAUAUAUCUUUGCAGGGUGCAACAUUAUCAUUGCAAUAGCUGGUAUGCUGUUUAUGACUGUAUACAAAAAGAGAAGGUUGAUACGAUUAUCUAGUCCAAACCUCAACUACCUUGUUGGAAUUGGUGUAAUCAUCUUUAACACGUCUGUUUUUCUUUUCGUCUAUCCUCCUCUGUCCAAGUCGACCAUUAAUAUAUUCUGUGUUAUACGCCCAUGGUUUACUUCGAUUGGAUACCUCCUCUGCCUGGGAACAAUUAACACUAAGAUGCUGCGAGUUUAUUACGUUUGCAGAAAUGCCAAAGCUACAGCUAGAAAGAGGCCACUGAAAGAUUGGCAUCUGUUUUUGUUUGUUUCUUUCCUUCUUCUGAUUGAUGUCAUAAUUCUCACUCUUGUCACAAGCUUCCCUACUUCCAGACAACAGGCCAAAAUCAUUCCUGAUGUGGAACGCAGAGAUGGUGGAGUUAAUGACAAUGGAAUCCCAAUUCAAUACACAGUGAUAACUUGUGAGGCUACAUACAGACAACAUUGGCUUAUACCAUUACUAGGCUACAAGGCUGUCUUCCACUUCACAGCUGUGUUUUUGGCCUUUAAAAUACGAAAAGUCAAGGUGAAAGUUCUGAAUGAUUCUAAAGAAAUUGUUUUCGUGCUUUAUCUGACGGGUCUAGUGCUUGCAGCAGCAUUUUUGAUCACGCUGAUAUUCAGGUCCUAUUUAAAUGUCUAUACUGGAACAUACGCAGUGGGAAUAUGUCUUGCUAGUGCAGUGAUACUUGGUGUGGUUUUUGUUUCUAAGGCAAUUCAUUUGUGUAAAGACCCCAAAGGAUUAGGAAUUUUCCCAACAACAGCCAAUAACGCUAACACAGCUGCCCCCACCGGCGCACCGGAUACAAUAGAGAUAGCAAACCUGCAACGAAAAGUGAAAACACUUGAAUCGAAACUGACAACCAUUGAUGAAGCCAGGAAUGACAGCAAUGUUCUGAAUGACAAGCAGAGUUGAACACAAGAUCGAGUUUACAGACCCAAUAUUUUGCUGCAAUGUGUGUGUGUGUGUUAGCAAUUCUUUUAUUGUCCCUUAAUUAUCAAGGGAGUUACACCAUAGCCGUUUACUACUUGGCAUGCCACAUAAAAUUGUACACUGCACAAACAAUGA